CUAAAUAUGAAGUAAUUCUACUGAUGAUAACUACCAUGAAAGUGUGUAACCAUCUACCAUCACAUGUUAAUGCAAGCUAAUAAUGAAACAAAUAAAGAAUAGUGCAUAUUAGCACAUAUAUCAUAUUGCCUAAAGCCAAAAAGGCUGAAAAUCUCAAGAAUUAUGAUAAAUAAGAUGUUAUAAUCAACUUAUUAGAAUAAUAGAUAUAAAUAGAGUUUAAGUGAUAUGACAAUCAACGUUGUGUUAAUUUUUAAAAAUUAAAAUUCAAUUAGAUUAAGAUACAUAAAAAAAGAAGUUGACACAUGGGGUUUUUCAAGUGUAGCUCAAGUUAAACAAAGAUAUUCAGAUUAACGAGACACCAGUGGUUGACUGAAACACAUGACUAUCUUAAUAUUGACCACAUAAAAUGAGGGUUAUCCAUAAUAAGUACAUGAAAGAAAUUAUUUAGGACUGAAUGAAGAGAAAUUAUUUGAAAAAUAUAGAGUUGUGGUCUAACAUAAUGCAUGACCUUAGGUUUGCAAUAGCACCAGUUCAUAGACAACACACAUAAUGGUAGUAUUGAGCUCAUUAUUCUAAACUUACACAUGAAAGAGCUUGGUCUGCCACACAAAAUUGAAAAAAAUAAUUUCCUACUACCUCAAAAAGACUUAAGCAACAAGAUGGAGACUGAAUAUGUGAAAAUUGCACAUAUGUAACAUGAGAUAGUCUUCACACCACCAUUUUCCAGUUAAGUGAUGGGUAGUCAAACCAAAUCAGACCAGAAGAAGAUUAGUGUUCAUAUUUCGAAUGAAAAAUGUGUAGAUAGCAUAGGUUGCAGGUUCCCUUUGGAAGAGAUCCAAAACCGUUCAGAUUUAAAUACUCAAGGUAAAACUUUUUAUUAAAAAUUUAAACCAGCAAAUGAGUCUUGCCAUACUACAAAUUGCCAUCAAAUGCAACAGCCACUUUCAUCAGAGUCAUGUCGUAUUCAAAAGUGUAAAUAAUUAUGUCUUCAUUUUUACAUGGAAGUAGUAGCUAAAUCCAAGUACUUUUAGUCAUUCACUUAUGCAUAAUAUUAUUCAGAUUCACUAUAUUUUCUUAACUGUAUGAGAUGUACAGUUGAAGAAAGUUCUGGCUUAUCAAAUAAUAAGAGAAAGGUCGAUGAAUACUGGAAUAGUCAUUGGACAAGUAUGGCAAACACGACAGUUAGCAGUUUUGUAACAGCAGAAAUAAAUCACCACUAUGGGCUCAAGGACUCUUCACCUACAGGUAUGUAUUUAUUGAAAGUUUAGCUGUGAAUAAGAAGUUUUACCAACUUUAGAAAUGACACGUGAAAAGGAGUAUUCAUCCAUAAUAUGCAAGCAUAUAAAUAAUUAUAAAAGCCAUAAUGGGAUCAAUAUGAGAAGAGCUGUUAUGAGGUUAGAAAUGACCGUUGCAGAUAUGGGACCAAUUGCACAGACAAUGUUAGUGGGAGAAUCACCCAACACUAUACAUAGCACAAAUAAAAUCUCUCACAGAGUAAGUACUACGAAUGUCGAGGCUAUCUACAUUGAUAGGAAUUACAGAAUAAAUACAAGGGAGGAAUGUCAAGUUUUGGGAAACAAUCGGCUAGCACAAGGUACAACAUUAACUGGAUGAAACCAUAUUAUUCAGAUUCAGUCGUUACCAUUACUUUCACCAUGAACAACUAAUGGGGCAACAUGUUUACAUCAUCAGAUCUCGGGAGGCAUUUUAGGAUGGAACAGACAUUGAAAUUAGUGAAGAAAAGAAAGUGCUAAGGAGUUGCUCACCAUCAAGGUAAACUUACAAAGAAAUUUAAUUUACUAAAGUCGAUGAAGUGAUGUUUUCAUCAAAGUGUUGCAUAUGAGUUAUAUGGUUCAAUUUAGAUAAAUCGAUUAGGAUAAAUCAUAAAUAGAAUGUUAUACCAAAAUAUGGUUCAUAACUCACAGAAAAUAGCAUUAACCUCUUAGUUGAUGCAUAAAACUUACACUUUUUGAUAAGAUGUUUAUAAAAUUUUCUACAAUCUUUUCAAUAAUGUUUACAAGUCCCUUAACAGAUGGAUUGACCAACAAAUCUACUUUAUCGCUUAAUGUAAUCAAUGGACAGUAACAUAUUCAAGUUAGUGUGUAUGUGUGUGUGUAUAGAAUAGAAGAGGAUAUGUGUUAUUCACCAAUCAAGAUAAAAUUACUAUAAAAAAUAUUUUACUAAACUCAAGAUGCAUAACCACUAAUGAGAACAUAUAAGGAGAGUAUAGCAUAUAUAAGUUAUAUUGUACAUUUUUUUACUAAGGGAUUAGGUUAAAUCAAACGCAUACAUUUAUAAUGAAGUAGAUUCCAAAAAGCAUAGGAAAUAGCAUUAACUUCUUAGUCUAUGCUUAAAUUGACACAUGUUCAUUCAUUUUAUGCAGCAUCUCUAAUAGCUAAUACAAGUUUCCUAACCGAGGGAUUGAGCUAACAAAUGUGCUCCAUCGGUUCAGGUAAUUAAUAAACUGAAAUAAAAAAUCUAGAUUAGUGUAUAUAAGCAUAAUAGUUGAAAAUACAUUGAUUUGUGCAGGGAAUAUAAUGUGUGUGGAAGAAGAUUAUAGAAUAUUCAGUUCAGAAGAUAAGGAAAAUCAUUUACAGGGCGUGCCAUGUGGAAUGUGUAUGGAGCAACAAGAUUUGAAUGGGAGCUUGCAAAACUAUAUACAAACCAAUGAUUGUACUAAUUUGCGGCUAGAAAAUAAUUUUGGUAUACAAUCUAUGCCAUCAAGAGAUGCAACAAGACUUGCUAGGAAUGAAAGAGUACUCAAACUAGCUAACAAAAAGUUGGCCAAAGUAGCUCAGACACAAACAGGUAAAGAUUAUUUGUUUAGAUAUCUAAUUUCAAUCACUACACUUACUUUGUGUUGACAAUUAAACAAUCUUAUAGUUGCCUAACAAUGAUUACAUAUAAGCAUAUUAAAUGGUGUAUUUUUUUAUUUUAUUCGUUGUAGGGACAAACUCUUCAAUUACAGUGGAUAGAACAGUGUCGGGCUACACUUCUGCUCAAGGUAACACACAAUAACUAAAAUGUGGGUCAAAGUUAUAAAUUCAGAUAUUUUUAUAAACACAUAUGAAUUAUAAGAAUCAAGUGAUAACAGAAAGGGUGCACAUACAGGGGAGUCAUUGUCAGAGUCACUUAUUGAUAAAGCAGUUUUAGUCGACCUCAUUAAUACAUCAACUGAUGGCAUACAAUGGAACAUGCUAAUACAAGAGGAAAGGAGAGCUGCUAGAAGGGAUAGAAGGCAAAAAAUGCAAAGAAGAAGACAAAUUGAAGAUUCACCUAUCGAGCUAGGAAUUUCAGGAACACAAAGAACUAUGCCAGCUGAAAAAAUGAUUGCACCAGAAAGAGUGGUAAAAAAAAUCCAAAAGGGCCAACGGAGACGUGUCUGCCAUUGAACAACAUAAUAUGGAAUACAUGCACAUGGGGAGCGCAUUUUAUGAGUGUGAACACUGCAAUGCUCUUUUUUGGUAUGAUGAGAGGGCAAACAAAAGCUACAACUCAAUUGAACCAAAAUUCAAAUUAUGUUGUAAUGGAGGAAAGCUUCAAGUUCCACAACUACAAGAAGCCCCCAAAGUGCUAUAUGAGUUGUUGUUCAAUAAUAGUACAAAGAGCAAGCAUUUCCGAGAUAAUAUAAGAUCUUAUAAUGGCAUGUUCCAAUUUACAUCAAUGGGUGCGAAGAUAGACCGUGGUGUAACUACUUCUAGAGGCCCACCAACAUUUAUUCUUUCCGGUGAGAACUAUCACCUAAUGGGUAGUCUAAUACCACCAGAAGGAAACUACCCCAAAUUUGCACAACUGUAUGUCUUUGAUACCCAGAAUGAGGUUCAAAAUCGCAUGGCCGCUAUUUGGGGUGAAAAGAACAAAGAGAUACACGAAGAUAUUGUUAGAGACUUAAAAAAGAUGUUGGAUGAAAACAACGUAUUGGUGAAGGCGUUUCGUAUGGCCAGAGAGUCAGUCGCCAAAGAUGCAAAUACCACAAUCAAGCUUAGGCUAUUAGGGAAGCGAGGAAAGGAUGGUAGAAGAUACAAUUUGCGUUCGACAAAUGAGGUUGCAGCACUAAUUGUUGAUGAUUUUGAUAUAUACAAGACAGAUAGAGACAUCGUGGUUGAAACACAAACUGGAAAACUACAAAGGAUCAAUCAACUCAAUCCGGCUUACCUAAGAUUACAGUAUCCUUUGUUAUUUCCCUAUGGAGAGGACGGUUACAAGGAAGAUAUACCACUUAAUAACCGUAAUCAAAAUGCUGGUAAAGGGCGUCAGGAAGUAUCAAUGAGAGAAUUUUUCGCAUUUAGAAUACAAGAAAUGUUAGCAGAUGGAUCUCCCUUGCUAUACUCUAGGCGAUUGUUCCAACAGUUUUUGGUCGAUGGGUACUCAAUGAUUGAAUCGUCGCGACUAAACUUUAUACGACUAGACCAGGAGAAAUUUAGAUGUGAGAUGUACAAAGGAAUAAAGGAAGCAGUUCUUAGUGGGGAAACAACACCAUCAUCGCGUGGCAAAUGUAUUAUACUACCAUCAUCAUUCACAGGGGGUCCAAGGUAUAUGAUUCAAAACUACCAAGACGCAAAGGCGAUAUGUAAGGUUGUUGGUUAUCCAGAUCUAUUCAUUACCUUCACAUGCAAUCCCAAGUGGCCCGAGGUCGAAGAGUUUAUUAAGAAUAGAGAAUUAAAUCCAGAGGAUAGACCAGACAUAGUUUGCAGGGCAUUCAAGGCUAAAUUGGAUUUAUUGAUUAAAGAUAUAAGAGUGAACACGAUUUUUGGAAGAGUUUCUGUAGUUGUGUAUACAAUUGAAUUCCAGAAACGUGGACUACCACACGCACAUAUACUUUUGUUCUUACAUAAGGAUGACAAGUAUUCGACAGCCGAGGAUAUUGACAAAAUAAUAUCAGCUGAGAUACCGGAUAAGGAACUAGAUCCUGAAUACUUUGAAGCGGUACAGAAGCAUAUGAUACAUGGACCAUGCGGGUUGGCUAGGAAAGAUUCACCAUGCAUGGAAAAUGGUAAAUGUAUUCGUCACUUUCCCAAGAGAUUUCUCGAGCACACAAUUGUCGAUGAUGAUGGUUAUCCGAUUUAUAGACGCAGGGAAGAUGGAAGAACUAUCAACAAGUUGGGAGUGGAUCUUGAUAACCGUUUUGUGGUUCCUCACAACAGGCUACUGCUUAUGAGGUAUGGGGCUCACAUAAAUGUUGAGUGGUGUAACCAAUCAAGAUCAAUUAAGUAUUUGUUCAAAUAUGUCAACAAAGGUCAUGAUCGUGUGACAGCUUCAUUCUAUAAGAGUGCCACAGAGAGUGCUGAACUAAAUGAAUAUGACGAGGUGAGCAUGUAUUAUGAUUGUAGGUACAUAUCUCCAUGUGAAGCAGCUUGGAGGAUAUUUGGUUUUAACAUACAUUAUAGAGACCCAUCGGUUGUGAGAUUAGGGUUUCACUUACCCGAUGAACAGAAUAUAAUAUUUAAAGACCAUGAAAAUCUAGAUGAUGUUAUAAAACAAGCAUCUGUGAAGGAGUCCAUAUUUUUAGGAUGGUUUCAAGCAAACAAGGAUUACACGGAAGCAAGGUCAUUGACAUAUUCAGAGCUACCUACAAAGUUUGUGUGGAAGGCGAGUGAAAGGGUGUGGUUGCCUCAAAAAACACAUUCUGUUAUUGGAAGGAUUUUCUAUGUUCCUCUAGGAUCAGGUGAGCGUUAUUACCUAAGACUACUACUCAAUUACGUCAGGAGACCAACUUCACAUGAGGAGAUCAGGUCUAUAGAUGGUGUUGUGUAUUCAACAUUCAAAGAGGCAUGUUACGCAUGUGGUCUGCUUGAUGAUGACAAGAAAUAUAUCGAUGCUUUAGAGGAAGCGAGUCAUUGGGGAUCAGGAACGUAUUUGAGGAAACUUUUUGCAACACUGCUAUUUUCCAAUUCCAUGGAAUCACCGGAGCAUGUUUGGGAAAAGACUUGGACUAUUUUAUACGAUGACAUACUUCAUAUACAGAGAAGAUUACUUGACAAUCCAGAGUUAGUCCUUACUGAUGUUGAGUUGAAGGAAUUGACGCUGAUUGAAAUUGAGAAAUUACUUAACUUUUUCAACAAGAGUCUUAAAGAUUAUCCACCAAUGCCAAUUCUAGAUAUGAGUCAGGUUAAUAGUGGUCUUAAUGUCGACGGGAUGAAUAGGUUAAUUUGUGACGAGCUCCGAUACGAUAGAAGACAGUUGGCUAUAGAGCAUGCAACUUACAUGCGACACCUAACUGAUGAGCAAAUAGUUGUCUACCAAAAAGUCAUGGAGGCAGUUCAGAAUGGCAACGGUGGAGUAUUCUUUCUGUAUGGUUACGGGGGGACUGGAAAAACCUUUGUUUGGAAGACAUUAGCAUCUGCAUUGAGAUCAAGGUCACAACUUGUGCUUACUGUUGCUUCAAGUGGGAUUGCAUCUCUACUAUUACCCGGUGGUCGAACAGCACAUUCACGUUUUGCAACCCCACUAAACUUAGAUGAAUUCUCAACUUGCAACAUAAAGCAAGGUAGCGCAUUGGCUGAGCUAUUAAUUAAAACAAAGCUAAUCAUUUGGGAUGAGGCCCCCAUGGUGAAUAGAUUCUGUAUUAAAGCUCUUGAUAGGACUAUGCGUGACAUUUUAUGAUUCAGGAAUCCAAACAACUUUGACCAACCAUUUGGAGGGAAGACAGUUGUGUUUGGAGGAGACUUCCGACAGAUUCUCCCAGUUAUCCCUAAGGGAACUAGACAAGAGGUUGUUAACGCAACUAUAAACUCCUCAUACAUUUGGAAUAAUUGCAAGCUGUUGACAUUGACAAAAAACAUGAGGUUGAAGGCAACUGACUCUAGCACAAGGUCAUCUGAGCUAAAAGAAUUCGCUGAUUGGAUACUUGGUAUUGGUGAUGGUAGUCAUGGAACACCAGGGGAUGUGUGUGACAAGAUUGAGAUCCCUGAUGACAUCCUGGUUAAAGAUUGGGAUGACCCGAUAGAUGAAGCACAAAUGUAUUAUAGCUCAGACAAGGCAUGCCCAACAGAGACCAACAAUGACUUAUUGGCAUCUAUACACACACCUGAAUUCCUAAACACAAUCAAAUGUUCUGGAGUUCCAAAUCAUGAGUUGACUUUAAAGGUUGGAACCCCUAUAAUGUUGUUAAGGAAUAUCGACCACUCAGCAGGUUUGUGCAAUGGUACACGAUUAGUGGUCACCAAUCUUGGUAAGCAAAUCAUAGAAGCACGCAGCAGCGUCGGAAAAAACAAAGGCCAGAAAGUCUUUAUUCCUAGGAUAACCCUAAGUCCAUCCGAUCAUCGAAUGCCAUUCAAGUUUCAACGUAGACAAUUUCCUAUAAUGGUAUCGUAUGCAAUGACUAUAAACAAAAGCCAAGGCCAAUCACUUUCAAAAGUUGGCUUGAUUCUGAAAAAACCGAUUUUUACUCACGGACAGCUGUAUGUGGCAGCAUCUAGGGUCACAAAUAGGCAAGGGUUGAAGAUAUUGUUAUGUCACGAUUAUGAUAACCAAACAACAACAGAUAAUGUCGUGUUCAAAGAAGUAUUUAUUUUGAAAGAUCAAGCACUAGCCAUACCAUCAUAUGUUUGAGGAAUGUGUUCUGGAGGUAUUAAUCUUAAGCUGCGUCAGGAACAGGUACUGAGUUUUAUUUAGUUUUGAGCAUUUUAUUUUCUCCACAUAAAUACACAUUGACUUUAAAGGAAUUUUCAUAUAAUUUUACCAAAUUCAAUCAUUAAACUAUUGCCAACUAAGCAUAAGAGUUAUAGAUCACACGAGUCUUAAGAUGUUAACACAGAUCACAAAGGGAUAGAAUUAAUUUAAAUGCAAUUUAUAAUCGAAUUUGGUCAUGCACAUUGGUAAAACAACAGUCUUAAUCCAACAAAAAGAUUUGUAUUUUUAAACAAUCUUACUUGCAUUUGAGGGAAGAGACCAUUUUUCCAUUUUGAUUGCGCCCAACAUUAACUUAGGAUGAAGCCGGCUGUGGUUUUGAUUUGUCAAUGAAUUAAACAUUGUAUUAUUGCAAU